UUAGUUUUAAGUGCAUUAAUAAAGGAAAGUACAAGUCUUAGCAUAAAUGGAAAGCGCAAAUAAUUAAUAUCAAAUUUUGCACUCCCCUAAAUAUCUAGUGGCAGUGUGAAAAAAAAAAGAUUGAUAGUUUGGAGGUUUCUUUUCUUAUUAAAGAAGGGGAAAAUAAAAAUAAAAAUAAAAAUAAAAAGAAAAAAAGCAUAGUGGUGGAGGGUAUAAAAUAUCCACCUUUCCAUGUUGCAAUGUAUAACAGAAAUUACAAUCCUUUUCCAUUACAGGAAUUCGCCAAUAUUAGGAGCUAAUGGCAUAUAUGUCAUUUCACGUUGUAACUUGACCCUCAAUUUGUUCAUCCGACAUAUAUAAAUCGAAAAGCAUGAGAAAAUUGCUUUCUGGUUUUUGUUAAAUUUGAGGGAAGACUCGAGGCAAUUUAAGCAAAAACCUCUCUAAACAGGCUUUAUAUGCUUCUUGUUGUUUGAAGCUGGUGGGUUUCUGGGUUUUGAUUCGAUUUAGUGUUUGUGCGCUGAUGGGUCCUGUGAGGGGGGUCAGAAAGAGAAAGAAGGCAGAUAAGAAGCCUGAAGAAAAUGCUUCUGGUUCUGGGUCAUCAGAGAAGGAAGGUCCUGUGGAUUGGUGGGAUGAAUUCUCCAAGAGAAUCAAUGGUCUUCAGUCUCCAGCAAAGGGUUUAGACAAGUUUGAAUCUGUUUUUAAGGUUUCUAGGAAAACCUUUGACUACAUAUGUUCACUUGUGAAUGAAGAUAUGCUGGCUAAAUCUGCACAUUUUGUGUUUACAAAUGGUAAGCCCUUGUGUUUGUACGAUCAAGUAGCUGUAGCUUUAAGAAGACUUAGCUCUGGUGAGUCACUAGUGACAAUUGGCGAUGCAUUUGGGGUGAACCACUCAACUGUGUCUCAAGUGACCUGGCGUUUUGUGGAAGCCAUGGAAGAAAGAGGACUUCACCACCUGCAAUGGCCCUCCACUGAAGCAGAAAUGUCAGAAAUUAAAUCCAAAUUUCAGAAAAUACGAGGCUUUCCUAAUUGUUCUGGCGUUGUUGAUACUACCCACAUCAUGAUGUGUUUGCCUGCUUCGGACCCCACAAGUGAUGCGUGGCUCGAUCAAGAGAAGAAUCACAGCAUGGUCUUACAAGCCAUUGUGGACCCUGACAUGAGGUUUCGGGACAUAGUAACUGGAUGGCCAGGAAAGAUGAAGGACUGGACAGUCUUUCAGAGUUCAAAUUUUUAUGAACUCUGUGAUAGAGGUGAGAGGUUGAAUGGGAAAAUAUUAGACCUCUCCAAAGAAUUGGAUAUACGGGAGUACAUAAUUGGGGAUUUGGGCUUUCCUUUACUGCCCUAUCUUGUAACCCCCUACGAAGGAAAAGAACUUCCAGAGCCAAAAGCUGAGUUCAAUAAGAGGCAUUAUGCUACCCGGAUGGUUGCACAUAGAGCAUUGGCAAGGUUGAAGGACAAGUGGAGGAUCAUUCAAGGAGUGAUGUGGAGACCCGACAAACAUAGAUUGCCAAGGAUCAUUCUUGUUUGCUGCUUGCUUCAUAACAUUGUUAUCGAUAUGGAAGAUGAGGUGCAAGAUGAAAUGCCUUUGUCUCACAAGCAUGACUCAGCUUACCACCAACAGAUUUGUGGAACUGUCGACGUAAACGGUGUUCAUCUGAGAGAUAAGCUGUCUCUCUACUUAUCUGGAAGGAUGCCAAUGCCACCUUGAUUAUUUUCCAUUUCUAAUAAGUGUUUUAGGUAUUCAUGAUUUUCUGUAGUAAAAGUUCUUUUACAAAAUGAUUUCUUACUGAAAAUUAUAUAGAGCUGAAGUAUGAUUUUCCUGUGUUUUAGUUUUGACUUUUAGGCUGUUUAGUUAGCAGGUGAGCCUCCGAGAGAAAUGUGAUAUUGUGUUACAAAAAACAUAAGUUGCUCAAGCGAAGAUUGUACUUGUUCCAUAAUUACAGACCAUGUUAGUAUUA